AUGUCUCUCCUACCCGCGCGGCUCGCGACCCUGGCUCUCGUUCUCCUCGCGGCGACUGGGGCGUCGGGCAAGGUGUUCGAUGACCCCACGCACGUGCUUCGGAACGAGUACGACUUUGUCGUCAUCGGGGGUGGCACCGCAGGAAACGUAGUCGCCAACCGACUGACCGAGGACAAAUCCGUCCGCGUCCUCGUCAUCGAAGCCGGGCCGUCGAAUGAAGGUGUCGAGGACUCGAUCGUCCCGUUCUUCUGCACGCAGUUCUACCCCGCGAGUCAGUGGACGUGGAACUACACCACCGUGCCGCAGGUCGGGCUGAACAACCGCACCGUGCCGUAUCCGAGAGGACGCUUGCUCGGCGGCAGCAGCUCCGUCAAUUUCAUGGUGUAUACCCGCGGGUCGGACGACGACUGGAAUCGGUAUGCUAAUGUCACAGGCGAUCACGGCUGGUCGUGGAACGCGCUCCAGAAGUACUUUAAAAAGAGUGAGCACUUCGUCGAGCCGGCGGACCAUCACAAUAUCACCGGGCAGUUCGACCCUGCGUUCCACGGCUUUUCUGGGCCUUUGAAGGUCAGUUUGCCUGGGUUCCCGCAGACGAUCGACGAUAGGGUCGUACAGACCACGAAAGAGCUAGCCUCGGAGUAUCCGUUCAGGGAGGACGUCAACUCUGGGGAGACGCUUGGAGUUGGCUGGACGCAGACGACUAUUUCAGGGAACAAGCGGAGUAGCUCGGCCACCGCGUACCUCGCACCGCGCUACGUGAGCCGCCACAAUCUCGAUGUCUUGAUCGAGUCACACGUCACAAGGAUCAUCGCGGCGGACAAAACAAGCCACGGCUCUGUGUCCUUCGAGACUGUAGAAUUCGCAAAGAGCAGCACAGGGAAGCGGUACCGCGUCUCGGCCAAGAAAGAAGUCAUCAUGUCUGCGGGCGCCAUCAACACGCCGCAGCUUCUGAUGCUCUCUGGCUUGGGCGACCCCGCGACGCUGAAGAAAUUCGGGAUCAAGGCGCUCGUAGAUCUUCCCGACGUUGGGCAGAACUUGCAGGACCACACGCUGCUCCCGAACCAGUUUGAGGUCAACUCGACGAGGACCUUCGAGACCUUCGAGCGAAACACGACAUUGUUCGGGGACAUCAUGUCGCAGUACAAUACUACUGGGACCGGGCCCUUCGUCGACGGACUGGCCAAUUUGAUCGGCUGGCUUCGCAUCCCGGACAACUCUUCGAUAUUCCAGAAUUACUCGGACCCCACCGCGGGGCCGAACUCGGCGCACUAUGAGGUCAUUUUUUCGAACGGAUUUGCGGGAUUCACGGUGCCCAUCCCGGCCACGGGGAACUACAUGAGCAUAUUGACGAACUUGGCAACGCCGGCGUCUCGCGGAAGCGUCUCCCUAAACUCGAGCGACCCGUUCGACUUCCCGCUCAUCGACCCCGCCUUCCUGAAGCACCCGGUCGACGCCUUCGUCGCGGUGGAGGCGAUCAAGUCCGCGCGGCGGUUCCUGGCAGCGCCGGCGUGGAAGGACUACGUGAUCGGGCAGUUCGGCGUGGGCGGGCUGGCGAAGACUGACGCGGAGAUCGAGGAGUUCGCGCGGAACCAGACGUCGACCGUGUUUCAUCCCGUCGGGACGGCGAGCAUGUCGGCCGUGGACUCGAAAUCUGGAGUGGUGAACCCUGAUUUGAGGGUGAAGAACACGAAAGGUCUACGUAUCAUCGACGCGUCCGUGAUCCCGUACAUUCCUGCGGCUCAUACUCAGGCGGCUGUGUAUGCUUUCGCGGAACGAGGGGCAGACCUCAUCAAAGCCGCAUGGGGUCUGCACUGAACCGGUUUUGCCUGUUAUUCGUGCUUUUCUCUCUCUGUCUCUCAUUGUUCCGGGUAUCAUACGACGUGACGCACUGGAGAUGCAUUCCAUCUUCAUAAUACACUAAUCACAUGCUUCGAAGACGCGUCUUUUUUAACAGAUCAUCUCAUCGCCAUGGUUUGGAGCAUGAUGCAGACCUUUUGUAAGAACCAGAUGUAAAGGCACUAAGAGACGUACGGAACGAUGAGAGCGCCCGACCUGUGCUGAUCGUUGUAGAGUCUAGACAGCGCUCUGGAGAUGACAACGGGUUGAUGGGCCGGCACUGUUGCACUGUCAGAGAAAAAUGCAUAGUCGUAGGUGGCAUCGCAUUUCAAGUCUGUGUCAGUCGAGGAAACAAUGGAGCAGGAUAUCAAGGUCACGUUUACAAAUUUG